CGCAAGAUCCGACGAGAGGGAUCGUGUCAAACUAUUUAUGCAUAUCACACCGUCGGUAUUACUUACGUUUUUAUUAUCGUCGUCAUUUCGGGGCUUCUCUUGAUCAGUUUACGGUGCAACAUGUGGGUGCGCGGUUUCAUUGUUGGCGUAAUAAUUUCGAGCAUUUUUCAGUUAGCUUCAUCCAAACCGUUUCUUCACAAUGCUCUACUCACGCUGGCCUCAUCAGCUUCUGCUAGUUCUUCCUCGCCAUCGGCGAAAUUAACCAAUAUAGCAGACUACACUAAGAAGCAGGAGAAGGUCCAAGAGCUCGAAAACGAGAAACGUUUAACCAACACCGACAUCGUCAAUCCGAUCGAUUCCGACGAGCAAACCAACAACGAAGCGACCCCGAGCCUGAUACGCAAGCAACUCAACAAAUUCCUCGCCAAAAUCCAGUUCUUGUCCACCCUAUCGGCGUCCCAAGCGCCGAUGGACGUCGAAGAAACCGCCGAGGGCGCCACCGCGACGCCCAAGAGCGAGGUAAAAAUCGAAUUCGACGGGCCGGGCGAGCACAUUCAGAGACUGACUGGUUCUAGAAAGGAGUACGGCAUCCCUUUGCGGAUCAAUCUGGAGAUCAACGAGGUGGCCGGGAACUCCACGGAGGCGGCGGAAGACGCCGUAGAGGCGGCCGGUUCGGCGGAAGAGGCGGCUCGCGUGGGCCAGCUCGGGGUUUUCUUCGCGGAGUUGUUCGGAAGUUUGGUGGGGCUCGUCUACGGGGCCAUCGCUCACAUCAACAACGCCGCGCAAGGCAACGGCGAAUUGGAAACCACUCUAUGAAGUUUAUAAAUAAAUAAGUUGUAUGCAUGUGCGUUUUAUUUGCUGUAUUUGUUUGUGGAAAGUUAAUGAUAAAACGGCUGGGGAAAUAAUUUGAAAGGCG